AAAGUUAGCCUCGCUUUUUUUGCAGAGGGUCCCGGUGGCGUGUUUGUGUCACGAGAAGUCAACGUCAAUAUCCAUCUGCAUUCGUUCACAGACGUGUAGGGUAGCUCAGCUCUAGAAACGAGAUUGAAUCGACGAAACAAAAAAGUUGGUGCCUUCAGAUUCGGGAUCUGUGAAGUCUCUUCAUGGCAGUCAGAAGGGGACACAUUAGAUACUUAAAAGAGGUGCAUGACAUGUCUAACGGUUACGAAGAUCACAUGGCAGAUGAAGGCAAAGAUGCCAGAACAAACCUUAUUGUCAAUUACCUGCCCCAGAACAUGACCCAAGAUGAACUACGCAGCCUCUUCAGCAGUAUUGGGGAGGUAGAGUCUGCCAAGCUUAUCCGUGAUAAAGUGGCAGGCCACAGUUUAGGGUACGGAUUUGUUAACUAUCUUAACCCUAGUGAUGCAGAAAGGGCAAUCAAUACACUCAAUGGGCUGAGACUACAGUCUAAAACUAUCAAGGUUUCUUAUGCCAGACCAAGCUCAGACACCAUAAAGGAUGCCAACCUGUACAUUAGUGGGCUGCCCAAAACCAUGACGCAGAAAGAUGUGGAGGACAUGUUUACUCGCUAUGGUCGAAUCAUUAACUCACGCGUUCUCGUUGACCAGGGAACAGGUGAGUGCAGUAUGUCGCGAGGUGUGGCAUUCAUUCGCUUUGACAAGCGAGCAGAGGCUGAAGACGCCAUUAAGGACUUGAAUGGCCAGAAACCACCUGGUGCCACAGAGCCCAUCACCGUGAAGUUUGCUGCCAACCCCAACCAGGCGAAGAACUCUCAGAUUAUCUCGCAGAUCUACCAUGCGCAGUCCCGGCGCUUUGGAGGGCCCGUUCACCACCAGGCCCAGAGGUUCAGGUUCUCACCCAUGAGUGUGGACCAUAUGAGCGGCAUCUCUGGGGUGAACGUCCCCGGGAACUCCACCUCUGGCUGGUGCAUCUUCAUCUACAAUCUGGGCCAGGAUGCCGACGAGGGCAUUCUUUGGCAGAUGUUCGGCCCGUUUGGAGCGGUCACCAACGUCAAAGUCAUCCGAGACUUUAACACCAAUAAAUGCAAAGGGUUUGGCUUUGUGACCAUGACAAACUACGAGGAGGCAGCAAUGGCCAUUGCUAGCCUCAACGGUUAUCGCCUUGGGGACAAAAUCUUACAGGUGUCUUUUAAAACCAACAAGUCUCACAAGUAAAUGUAAGACCCAGAUGAAGGAGAGAUCUCAAGUUUUUCAGUCGAAAAAGAGCGGUUGGCACUGUUUAAAUGCUGAUGUUUUUUUAAGUGUAAUCCACUCCGUGCAUUUUCAAGUUUUACAAUACUCGUAGAAGUCUAAUGGAAAGUAGACAUUUUUCAAUCUGUUGGGUGAUGCGACAAAUGUUUUAAAUGUGCUCUGCAUCUCCGAAAUUAUAUAGACCAACUCCAUAUUUCAAAAAGACUUGUAGUUCCUGUCUGAUAAUGUCACAAUGUGCCAUAUAUGUGGUGAAAAAUGCAAGGCAUGCUCUCUUUUAAGACUCUGAUCUACUGUCCACAGCACUACGGGGAUUUCACGAGUCCAAGAUAGUUUGGAAACAAGAUGCCUUAAUUUUAUUUCGCCCCUAGUCCCUCCCCACCUCUGACUCUCGUUCAGAUAAGUUGUCACAUGUUGGUCUGUAGAUUUGCAUGACUAUCAGUCACCAAGUAACACUGUAGUCGAGGAGCUCUUCUCAGAGCAAUAUCAGAGUUUUUAAGUACAGCUUUCUUGGCACGUGACUUAAAAAAUAAAUAAAGAAAAAAACUUUCAUGGACAACGUGUGGAGUGUAGCGCUGUUGCGUUUCUUAGUGCAUAACCAGGAGCGGAUUUUGUUUCCUUUUUUUUAUUUUUAUUAUUAACUUGUAAUUUUACGAAAGGGACCCAGAGAAAAGACACUAGGUAAAGAAGGACCAAAGAAAUCAAUUGAAGGUGUCAUUUUCCUCUCAAAACAAAAAUUGGGGCACGAAAGCACCCCCAACCCCCCCCCCC